CGCAACUCCUCUCCCCCCGUCCCGCCAUGGCGGAGCGGGCCGACACCCCACCACCUCCGCCCGGGCACCAGACCGCCGCCGCCAACCUCAGUCCCGCGCCCCGUCUCCCCGAAACCUACGUCGUCCAAGUCCCCAGGGAGCAAAUCUACCGCAUUCCACCCCCAGAGAAUGCCAAGCUCGUCGAGCAGUACCGCAACGACCACGACAACCGCCGCGAGCGGCGGCCCAUCAUCCCAUGCCUCAAGUGGACCAUCAGCAUCGCCCUCGUCGCCGGCAUCCUAGCUGCUACCAUCACCAUCAUCUACUUCUUGGUCGUGCGACCUGCCGACCCCUUCUUCUCCGUCACCCGGCUGGUGCUCAAGAAUCCAAAUCCUCGAGGUGGCUCCCCACCGAAGCCCGAGUAUGAUUUCACUAUGAGAGUCGACAACCCGAGCUUGCGCAUGGGGUACUCCUACGAGGCUGGUGGGAAGGCCAUCCUUGCUCACCACGGCGCAGGAAUUGCGGUUGGAAAGACGAAGGCAUUCCAUCAGGGGUAUCAGAACACGACCACCUUCCAACUAGCCCUCAAGGGAUCGCACGUCUUGCUACCAAAGCAGAUCCAAAGUAGUCUAAAAGGGUCGAAGGACGUCAUCCCUCUAUCCUUGAUGAUUGAAUUCUCUGUGAGGAAGACGGUGGGCGAGUUGGAGAUGGGGAAUAAGAGCAUGGAUGUAACAUGUGACAUUAAGGUCAGUGGAUUGGCCAAGGAGGCCCGGAUCGCAUCACAGGAGUGCAAGUCUAAGUUCACAUGACGAAGGUGGUCGUGGAAAUCUUGAACAAUGGAAGAAGAACUUCUCUUAAUUAGUCUCUUCUUUUUGUUAUUUUAAUUGCUGCAUGCUUCUUCCUCCUCCUCCUCCUAAAUAUUUUAGGAUUGU